GGGAAGGCAUACGGAGGGAGCAGGUCGCCGAAGCUCUUACCAGAUCCUGGCUCCUUCGGUCGACCCUAACCUUGGUCUCGCUCUCGUACUCGGAGACGACGACAAGACGUGCAGCGCCCCAUACUCGGAAACCGCGAUGGUGAUCGACUCUGUCAAGCGGUGCAGAAAGGUCACUUGCGUAACAACGUGGGGCGUCCUGUCUUUCGGCGGCAUCGACCUGCAUCGACCCGCGUGUCAUGGAACAGGCCGUUUGGUCUUGUACUUCCGGGCGCUCAAGAAUGGCUGGGAGAUGCUGGAUCCGAUGCCCGAGCCUCGGAAUUACCACACGGCUUCUCUCGUGGGAGACGACGUCUUCAUCGUCGGGGGUUGCGAUCCCGGCCAGGCCCUGUGCAACGAGAUGGUGGCCUCGGACUCGGUGUUCUGUUUCUCCACGGGCCAGAAGUCUUGGACCGAGAAGGCCAAGCUUCCAGAGCCUCGGGCUUUUCACGGGGCCGCUGUGCUGGACGACCAAGUGUACGUCGUCGGUGGUCGCGACCAGAACGGCAGUUACCUCGACACGGUAGCCGUCUACAGCCCGAUGCUCAACGCUUGGUCCGUGGUGCUGAGGCUGCCUGUUGGGCUAAUGGGAGCGGCGGUGGUGGCGCAUCAGGGGCGAAUCUGGGUGCUCGGAGGAGUCGCCUUGGAGAAGGAUACGGCGUCAGCAAAUUGUGCCAAGGAGCGCCUGCUGGAUGACGUGUUCAUCAUUGACACGCGCCUUCGCAGGUGCAUAAGGGGGCCCUCCCUCCCCUUCCUGUGCGCAUUCGGAGCAGGCGCCGUGGGUGCGAGCCAAAUCUGGCUCUGCGGUGGCUUGACUCCCUCCGAGAACGGCAAACUCGUGAGCACGUCCAACAUCUACGUCCUGGAAGACGGUGCAUGGGCGUUUUACGACGUUCUUGCCCUCAACAGGCAUGCUUUCCCGGCCGCCAGCUACGCUGACAGGUUCGUGAUGCUGUUCGGAGGCGUAAGCACGACGUACGAAGGGUCGGUCGACGAGUGCGAGCUCUUCUUUGCUGGUCCUGGACACGGCAGUCUGCGACUGCGGCCUCCGCCGUUCCGUCUGGCUGGCCACGCAUGCGUCGUGCUGCCUCCGGAUGGCGGCUUUACGCCGAAUGUUCGCGACGUCUGGCGGCGGAUGUGCGACGCUGCGCAGCGAAAAUGACUGCUCGCACUAGCCACCUUUCGCAAUUGUCAUUACAUUGCUUGUAUAUCUUUUGCAAAUUGUUCCUUUAUAUUGAUAUCCGAAGUUGACACAAUCGCAUUGACCGAAUAGAAAUAAGUGAUAUCGCAUCUCUAAUUAUAAUAGGCUCGACCAAAAUUCUCAAGGUGCUAUCACUGCUUGUAAAACAACCUUAUUACGUUGGUCCGUGCUCGUGUUAAUUGUAUAAUUUACUUAAGGAAACAAUAUUAUCACACGUCUCCCGUCUGGUGCUUUCAGGAAAAACUGACAUUCUAAAUAUUGAGUGAAAUUUGAUUUAAGCUCUCGAUAGGGUGAUUAUAAGACAUUAUUCCAGCGCAUUGUUUGUUACGAUAUAACACUGACACCGUGUACAUUAAUUAAAAAUGAAGCUUCAUUCGUAUUUAUUCAUGGUAGUUCACUGAUAAUAUAUUCGCUGCUAAGGGAUUUCUACUCCAUGUAGUCCGCGCG